UCAUGGUUGGCGAUUGUACAGCUGCACGAGAAAUUGAGAUUCGUAGAAGAAAUAAUAAUCUUCAGUUCAUUGCUGACACACAUCGUUCAUAUGACGCUCUCCAAUAUCCGCUAAUAUUCUGGAAGGGACAACACGGAUAUUGCAUAAACAUAAAACAACGAGAUCCCGUAUCAGGAGCUGAAACAAACAAGAACGUUAGCUCAAAGGAUUAUUAUGCGUACCGAUUAAUGAUUAGACGUGGCCUGGACAACGUCAUUUUACGAUGUCGUGAGCUUUGUCAACAAUUCAUGGUCGACAUGUACGCGAAGAUUGAGAGCGAACGACUACGAUACUUACGAUAUAAUCAACAAAAGCUGCGCGCGGAAGAGUACAUUCAUUUGCGAGACGCUAUCAACAACAACGCCGACGUCGCCGAAAUAGGUAACCAUGUCAUUUUACCAUCAUCGUACGUAGGCAGUCCACGUCAUAUGCAAGAAUAUAUACAGGAUGCUCUGACUUUCGUGCGCGAAUAUGGACGACCAUGUUUAUUUAUCACGUUCACAUGUAAUCCAAAAUGGCCAGAGAUUACAUCUUUGCUACUGCCUGGCCAAAAUGCAAUACAUCGCCAUGACAUUACAGCACGUGUGUUCAGACAAAAGUUGAAGUCUUUAAUAAGUUUCAUUACUAAAUCACAUGUAUUUGGUCCCACACGUUGCUGA